AUGGAAGAAGUUUUAGGCCUUACAAGUAAUUUGUCUCAACAUCUUCAAAAGAAAGAUGAAGAUAUUUUGGAAGGGGUGUCAUUGGUAAAUUACCAGCGAGCAUUGAAAACUUUACGCGCAAAGGGUUUUGGUGGAUUUUUGAAGAAAAUCUCAUUCUUUUGUCAAAAACACGAUAUUCAAAUGCUGAAAAAGACUGACUUCUAUGUUAACUCGAGGAACCGAACAACUAAGAUUACCAAUCGACAUCAUUUUGAGGUUGAAAUUUUUAACACGGUUUUGGAUAUGCAAAUUAUAGAGUUUGGUGACCGUUUUAGCAAAGAAUACACCGAAUUGUUAGCAAAUAUGGCCUCUUUGAGUCCAUGUCAACUCACGUUUUAUUAUCACACUUUGCAACAAGAUGCUAGAUUUGCUAACUUAAAGGGAAUAACCGACCUUGCUCGUGUGCUGGUGGAUACAAAGAAAAAACAUGGUUCUUUUACUUUGGUUUAUCAGUUAUUGAAGAUAACUUUAGUUUUGCCCGUUGCAUCCGUAACUGUUGAAAGAUGCUUUUCGGCAAUGAAGCUUGUGAAGUCAGAUUUGCGUAGUCGAAUGAGUGAUAAUAUAUGA